AUGCACCGCCCAACCGUCCUCCUCCUCUGCGCGGCCGCGGCGACGGCCCUCCUCGCACCGACGCCAACGCGCCGACCACCGGCGCGCGCGACAACGCUGCGCUCGACGCUCGACGACGACGAGAUGAUGAUCACCGUGGCCGGCGCGGGCGUCAACGUCGUCGCGUCGGCGGCCAAGGCCGUCGUGGGGGUGGCCUGCAACAGCCAGGUGCUCAUCGCCGACGCCGUCCACUCCGCGAGCGACCUCGUGUCGGACGCGGUCGCGAUGGCGGCCGUGCGGAUGAACAACGCGCCGCCGACGGCGCUCUACCCCCAGGGCUGCGGCAAGGCCGGGUCCGUCGGCGCCCUCAUCAUCGGCGCCAUGCUCGCCGCCGGCGGGCUGGGCCUCGCCUGGGCCCAGGUCGCGGGCCUCGCGGCGGGCCGCGCGGCCGCGGCGCCCGCGGGGCCGUGCGCGCCCGCGGCCGCCGUCGCGGCCUGCGGCGUCGUCGCCAAGGAGCUCCUGGCCCGCGCGACGCUCCGCGUGGGCCGCUUCCACAAGUCGGCGGCGGUGCUCGCCAACGCGAAGCACCACCGCUCCGACGCGCUCUCGUCCGUCGUCGCCUUGCUCGGCGUCGUCGGCUCGCGCGUGCACCCGCUCGUGGACCCCGCGGCGGCGCUCGUCGUCGCCGGCUGGGUCGCGAAGAUGGGCUACGAGACCUGCGCCGACGCGCUCCUCGAGCUCACGGACGCCGCGGACGCGGCCGCGGCCGCGGCGGCCGCCGCGGCCCUCGCGGGCGGCGUGCGGCUCCGCGGCGGCGCCGCGGCCGCGCUGGGCUCCGUCGCCGCGACGCGCGCGCCCGGCGGCGGCGCGCUCGUCGACGUCGUCCUCGACGUCCCCGGCGGGACGACGGCGGCCCAGUUCGCGGACCUCGAGCGCCGCGCGACGGAGCGCGUGCUCUCGUCCGCGCCGACGGCGAGCCGCGUCCGCGUCGCGCUCGCCGUCGCGCGGCCCGCGCCGUCGCCGAAGAAGCCCUUCCCGAAGCUCGCGCCCCUCAAGGACGCGCGCGAGUCCAUCGAGCGCCGCGCGCGGCGCCGCGUCCGCGACGCUACUCCAGCACAUUCCACGAUCCUUGCGCCGGCGCGCGCGGACCUGUUCCACCUCCUCCAGGGCCGGGACAAGCCCUGCCCGCUGCUCCUCGCCGUGACCCAGCCCCGCCUCCCCGCCGCCUACCUCUGA